AUGGCUAUAGGCUUAGGCUCCGUCACCUCGUGGCGGCUUUGCUGUGUAGUACUGGCUGCGUUGACCCCUGUGGUCCGUGGCAGCCCAUCUGUCAAUGUUGCUUUACAAGCAUCAUUCGAUUCAGCACCGUAUCUUCUAGAGCUAUUAGAAACAGCUGCGGAGGAGAACUCAACGUCGUACUUCCCCCUACUCGAUCGUAUUGCGGAGGGAACAUUUGACGAUGCGACCACAGAAAAGCAGCUUUAUGACCGUUUCCUACAAGUCGUGUAUGAUGAUGGACAUCUCAGCGCCCCGGAACUUUUGUCGUCGUUCAAGCUGUCUCUGGCGAUUCGAUCGGCGGCCCCUCGAAUCACGGCGCACUAUCAGUUCUAUAAUGCGUCUGUCCAGCAUUCGUUGAUGGCGGCGCAGGAUGCCGCAUGUCCUGUCUGGGUUCAUUCGGAGGGUAAACAGUAUUGCUCCUCCAGUAUGGAGCGUGCCCAGCAGGACGUGAUGGGAGAGUCAGAUCCGCGAGAACUUCCCUUCGAUCGUGUGCUAGGAGAUAUAUCGCUUCCACCGGCCAUUCUGUAUGGGGAUAUUGCGUCUCCCAUGUUCAGGGACUUUCAUCAUACCUUGAGUACGCUCGCCAAGGAAGGGCAGGUCUCGUAUCGUGUGCGCUACCGACCACCUCAGCAUUGGAUAUCUCGUCCCCUCUUUGUCUCUGGUUAUGGUGUCGAACUUGCUCUCAAGCGGACGGAUUAUAUUGUGAUUGAUGACCGUGAUGCUGGGAAAAGGAGCCAAAAGGAUUCGGGGAGUUCUGAGUCGGCUAGCGUGGAGGAAGAAUCGCCUGAUGACCUGGGAGCCCUGUCUUCCUCAGAAGUGGCCCGUCUCGGUCUGAACACGGUCAGCUACGUGAUGGACAGUGAAGAGCCCUUGGAUACGCUUGUGAGGAUUUCUCAGGACUUUCCCAAGCACUCCGCCAAGAUCGCGGCCUACAGUGCGUCAGACGCUCUGCUGAAAGAUAUCCGUACGAGCCGGCUUGGAAUGCUUCCUUCAGGCGUCAAUGCUAUGUGGAUCAAUGGCGUUCAGAUUGAUCCUCGUCAGGUAGACGCAUUCACACUUUUGGAUCACCUCCGUCGCGAAAGAAAACUAAUCGACAAAUUUCGGGGCAUUGGACUUUCUGCUAAGGAAGCUGUCGAUUUGCUCUGCCAUCAGACCCUCGGAGAGACACUGGCGAAGGAUUCCCCUCCGCGUUACAACUACCGGGACCAAAUUGAGGGCGGCGGCGUGAUCAUCUGGAUGAACGACCUAGAAAAGGAUACAAAAUACCAAUCAUGGCCAGACGACCUCUCGGCAUACCUUCAGCCCAUGUACCCGGGCCAACUCCCCGCUGUGCGGCGCGAUGCGCAUAAUAUUGUCGCCCCUGUGGAUCUCACUAGCUCUGAUGACAUGGAGCUGGUCGUCAAGACUCUCCAGGUGUUUGUCAAGAGGAAGAUCCCAGUGCGAUUUGGUUUGGUACCUCUUGCUUCGUCUCCGGGAUCCGUCGCGCAACUCAAAGUCGCUCAUUAUCUCCAUGAGACUUUUGGUCUGGCCAGCCUGAUCCACUAUUUGGAAGAGUCCGCAGCCAAGAAGAAGAUAGGGUCUCCGGACAAGGCCACCUUCCAACAUGCCACCAAGGAUCGAACUUCGCGGCCCAAUAAGCAAAUCCGGUCAUUCGACGAGAUUUUGAAGAGCGAUGAGCUUGAGAUCCUGGUUUCCCGAACCAAGCAAUAUCAGGAUCGACUUGGAAUCAAGGGCAACGCACCAUAUAUCUUGGUGAAUGGAGUCUUUGUUCCUCGGGACGACAACUGGCCUCAAGAAAUGAGUAUGAGGGUUGGUCGCGACUUGCAGACCAUCCAACAAGGAGUCGUGGAUGGAUCUAUCGAGGAAGAUACCUGGCUUCCCGAACUUUUCCUCUCGGAAGCAUUCGAUCGCCGCAAUCCCUUGAUAAUCCCCGAGGAUUCAAAGGAUAUCCGAAUUGUGGACAUCUCGAAACUAGCAGAGUCUAGGGGAGAGUCCGCUGAUACCCUUCGCAUUUCAUCUGAGACGGAUACACUCGACAGUAAGCACCUGAUCGUUGUCGGAGACUUUGACUCCGAGAACGGCCUGAAGUUGCUUGUUGAGGCUCUUGAACAUCGGGAGACACACGGCGAAGUGGAGAUGGUUCUGAUUCAUAACCCAGCUCCUGAUGUAGAGACGGAAAGCGGAUCUACCCUGGUCUAUAACUCAUUGAAGGGGACAGACAAAGUGGAUGCUUCCCGAGUUCUAAGCGAUUUGAAGACUGCGGAAAUCACCAACUUUCCGGAAACAGAGGCAAAGAAAAUGUCACAGUUUUGGGAGGCGCAGCAGGCCUUGGCUAGAGAUCUUGGAUUUUCGCCUGGGACGAAUGGCGUCAUUGUCAACGGCAGAGCGAUUGGGCCUCUCCCAGAUGGAUCGACGCUAUCGAAAGAAGAUCUGGACGGACUUCUGGCCUACGAACAGGCGAGGAGAAUAGGUCCUGUUGCAAAGGCCGCAAAAGAUCUCGGUUUGGAGUCGAAGCUCUCUGGCCCUCUUGCGCUUGCCGAACUUAGCUCUCUUGCGGCUCUUUCGACCGUGUCCGACGUUCCUGAGGGCAUUUUUGAACAGAUGUCCAACAUCAGAAUGGAUCUGUUCAAGAAAUGGAACGAUUUGCGGUCUGUCAUAACUGUUUCGACUUCUGAAGAUCCAGCUAUCAUCAUCGCUGCUUCUAUUGAUCCUACAUCGGAAACAGCACAGAAAUGGCUGCCAAUCUUGAAGGUGCUCUCGAAAUUAGCCGGUGUCCGGGUCACAUUGGCCCUGAACCCACGUGAUGAGAUCCAGGAGCUACCAACGAAGCGAUUCUAUCGCUAUGUCUUGGACUCGGAGCCAUCGUUCAACGAUGAUGGAACUCUUGCAAGGCCCACUGCCACCUUUUCUGGCGUGCCGGUGGAGGCACUUCUCACAUUGGGCAUGGAUGUCCCAUCCCCCUGGCUCGUUGCUCCUAAGGAAUCGAUCUACGACCUGGACAACAUCAAAUUGAGCUCCUUGAAACCAGAUGCCAAUGUUGACGCCAUCUACGCACUCGAACACAUCUUGAUUGAAGGACAUUCGCGCGAUGUCACGGUCAAGACUGCCCCGAGGGGAGUUCAGCUAAUUCUCGGCACCGAAGACAAUCCUCACUUCGCUGAUACUAUCAUCAUGGCAAAUUUGGAUUAUUUCCAGUUCAAAGCUCAGCCGGGACUGUGGAAGAUCAAUCUUAAACCUGGCCGCAGUCAGCGCAUUUUCAACCUUGACAGUGUCGGCGGCCAGGGGUACAGUCCGCACCCGGGUGAUGAGAACAGCGAAGUUGCACUCCUCUCAUUCCAAGGGAAGACUCUAUUCCCUCGCCUUUCGCGUAAGAAGGGCCAGGAGAUGGAAGAUGUCCUAGACACAGACGUCAAAUCCGGCUCAGCGAUGGACUACGUAUCUAAGGGCUUCAACUUUGCUCAGGGUGUACUCUCAAGCGUAGGUGUUGGUUCUAAAGAUGGUUUGGCUGAGAAGCAGGCGGACAUCAACAUCUUCUCUGUGGCGAGCGGUCACCUGUACGAGCGAAUGCUGAACAUCAUGAUGGUGUCCGUGAUGCGAAACACCAAGCAUACCGUCAAAUUCUGGUUUAUCGAACAAUUCCUCUCGCCUUCAUUCAAAUCCUUCCUUCCCGAUCUGGCGAAAGAAUAUGGCUUUUCGUACGAAAUGGUCACAUACAAAUGGCCGCACUGGCUUCGAGCGCAGCGGGAGAAACAAAGGGAGAUCUGGGGAUACAAGAUCCUCUUCUUGGACGUCCUUUUCCCGCUUUCACUAGAUAAGGUCAUCUUCGUGGAUGCCGAUCAAAUCGUGCGCACGGAUAUGUACGACCUCGUCUCUCUAGAUCUCGAGGGCGCGCCAUACGGCUUCACACCCAUGUGCGAUUCCCGCGAGGAGAUGGAAGGCUUCCGCUUCUGGAAGCAAGGAUACUGGAAGAACUUCCUCCGCGGUCUCCCCUAUCACAUCUCAGCGCUGUACGUGGUAGAUCUAAACCGCUUCCGGGCGCUUGCGGCCGGCGAUCGUCUUCGCGGACAGUAUCAGAUGCUCUCGGCCGAUCCCAACAGUCUGAGUAAUCUCGACCAAGACCUGCCGAACCAUAUGCAGCAUCACAUCCCGAUCAAGAGCCUUCCCCAGGAGUGGCUGUGGUGCGAGACCUGGUGCUCGGACGAGUCGCUUAGCACGGCGAGAACGAUAGAUCUGUGUAAUAACCCGCAAACAAAGGAGCCCAAACUGGACAGGGCCCGAAGACAGGUUCCUGAAUGGACGAAAUAUGACGAUGAAAUUGCGGCAUUGGCGGAAAGAGUCGCCUUGGAGCAACAACGACAACAGCUGGAAGAGAUGGAGUCUGCAGAUCAAGACGAGGAGUCUGGUUGGGAAAAGGAUGAGCUCUAG